AUGGAGCGUUCAAAGCUGUUGGGUUUUGUGGUCUUGAUAUGCUCUACUAUUCCAACGAUAUCAUGGUCUUCGGACAGACUGUUUAGUGGUUGGCCGAAGUCUAGCAGCGAUGAAAAUGUAAAAAUAAGGGUGAAUAUGACGCGCAGAUCAGAGAGAGAGUUGGGUUUUUCUGAGAGAUUGGGAUUGGCUGUGGAUCGAAGUAAGAAGCGAAUGAAGAAGAUAGAGGCAUUGAUAAGAGGGCAAUUAGACGCUGAAACGCCCGUUGAAGUAGGGGAUGGAGAAUUUCUGAUGAGCGUUGCACUGGGAACGCCCUCUGUGAGCUCCGAAGCGAUUGUGGACACGGGGAGCGAUCUGAUUUGGACUCAGUGCAAGCCUUGCAAGGACUGCUUCUCUCAGCCUAGGCCAAUCUUCGACCCCUCCAAGUCCCCCACAUUUUCCACAAUUCCCUGCGGUGAUUCUCUUUGUGCCGCCUUGGGGAGUACACAAACCGGAUGCAAUCCAGAUUGUACCUUUAUGUAUCAGUAUGGCGAUGGUUCCUUCACCAGCGGCGACCUGGCUUACGAGACAUUGUCAAUUGGGAGCAGCAAGGUUAAAGGAAUCACCCUCAAUGGUAAGGCACUAGAUAUUCCUCCUGGAACUUUCGAUCUGCAAUCGGACGGCAGCGGAGGUAUGAUCAUCGACUACGGAACCACUGUUACCAUUCUGGACCAGGCUGCCUACUCUCCUCUUAAGGAAGAAAUUCAGUCCGCCAUUGAUCUCACUCCUGUAGACGGGUCUUGUGCAGGUUUGGAUCUUUGUUACCACACAUCAUCCGCUCACAUUGCCUUGCCAACCCUCGUCUUCAACUUCAAAGGCGGCGUGGAUUACGAGCUUCCGGCAGACAACUUUUUCAUUCAGGCAUCUGAAAAUCUCUUGUGCCUGGCAAUGUUGGGUGAACCAUCGGAGAAUCCUUCCAUCUUCGGAAACAUACAGCAGCAAAACUUCCAUAUCCUUUACAACAAUGCUCAGAACACGCUCUCUUUCAAGCCCACUAAGUGUGAUUCUCUUUAA